UGUCGCUCGCGGUGGAAACACUUUCCUCUUUUUUACCAUCAUGAAAACUCUGGCUGUUCUCGGCAUUUUAGGAUUGGCACUGGGUGUGUCUUCGAAUGUUCAGGGCGAAUGCCCUCCAUUUUACGGCGAAGCUAGACCACCAGGCUGGACGUCACCCCACAAAAGUCCAGUGGCUGCUGGAACUCAAGUAGAACACCACUGCGCCAUCCACACUUGCAAUGAAGAUGGUUCGUGGUCUUCACGUGGCUGUGGAGCAUACACUUGCAGGGAUCAAAUUGGAUACAAAGAUUACGAUUACAGCAAAGCUUUUCCUUUGUGCUGCCCGAGGCCCAUUUGCCAAUCGGAUCUUCAGUGAAAUGGACAGUGAAAUAAAUUCAGUAGAAAGCCUAGCGAAGUCGCUAGAAAAUUCUAUUGGAAUUCUAUAGGAAUUCUAUGGGCUU